AUGGAUUCACCAAAGGAGAACAUGCAAGUAGGAGAUAACCACAGUUAUCAUACUACUGGCCAAAGUGAAAUUGAAAAUGCACAAGAAUUCAAACAAGAUUGGGAUGCAAAGAACGAUAAAAACACUUUAUAUGAGAAUAACCCUAGCUUUCAUAAGAAAAGAAAAGCUGAAGAAGUGGAGGAAGUGUACCAAAAGGAUAAGACACUUAUCAACAUGGAAAGUACCCCUAAUGUUGAGAAAAGUGAAUUGAUGGAAAAAAUCACCACAGGUCCCAUGAACAAACAACCGAAGAUACAAUAUGGUAGCGUAAAUAAUAUUAGUACCAACGAAAAAAACACCAACGGGAUUAGAAAUUUUGAUACGAAUACACAAAUGCAGAUGCAGGCUUGUGUUGAAAAGUCGGUUAUAAACUCGGAACGUGAAAGUAAUAAGAGCGUUCAGGGGAAUAACACAAAUAGGGAAACAAAAACGGAAGAAAAAAAAAUCGAAAGAGUAGAUAAGAACAUAACUGAAUUAGCUCAAAAUGAUUCGUGUAAGGAGGAAAAAUCGAAAGACAAUUUGCAUGAAUGUUUAAAGGUGAAAAAUUAUGUAAAAGAAACACAAACACAGUCAGAAGUAAAUAACAAAAAAAAGGAAAGCUUUAAAUAUUUUAUUGAUUAUAGCAAAUAUAGGAAUAAAAACAAUGUGACAUUUUCUACCAAGUAUAAAGAUAGCUCUAUUAAUUUAAGUAGUGAUAAACUUACUUGUUACGGAGAUAAAGGAUGGUCCAGCGUUUUUGUAAAUAAUGGAGCUGAUAUUGGAAAAUGGUAUUAUGAAAUAAAAAUUGAAGAACCUGUACAAAAUUUUAAUUUCUUAGGGUAUAAGGACAAAGUUAUAAAAGUAAAUCCAUAUAUAAGAGUUGGUUUUGCUUGUAGAUAUAUGAGAUAUGACUAUCCCAUAGGAACGGACAAAUAUAGCUAUUGUGUUAAUAGCAAGAAUGGGAGAAUUUUUAACAACUCCAUAAGUUAUGAUUGCAUGGAACCAAUUAAAAUAGGUGAUAUUAUUGGGUGUUAUUUAAACUUAAGAAAUAAAAAUACUUAUAACUUUGACCCAAGGUCAGAUAAAAAAUUAUAUGAAUAUUUGCAAAAUGGUAUUUUAUGUGACCCAAAAGAUCCACCAAUCUUAAAAAAAAACUACGGUUCGUCAAUUUUUUUUUCCCUGAAUGGACAAAUAAAAAAAAAUGCUUUUGUUGACAUUUAUGAAGGCUUCUAUCAUCCAUCUGUAAGUUUGUAUAUGGGUGCCUCUGCAAAAAUUAAUUUGGGUCCACAUUUUGCCUAUAAUCAUUUGAAUGACUACAUCCCAUGUGUAUUUAUGGAGCCACCAAUUAUUCUGUGA